AUGAGGACAUCGAGGCGCGUCGCGGCCGGGAUGGUGGCGAUGUCCGGGACGUGCGCAGCUGCCGGGACGCUGCGCUGGCACAACGGACAGGGUCACUUCUUUUUUCGACACUCUCCGCCCCGCCUGCAACGCGACAACGGCUUCAUCAUCUUCAUCAUCCCCUCGACAUCCAUCGCCGGUGCGGCGGCCGGCGAGGCCGCGGCGGCGGCGCCGGCGUUGACCAAGAGCGCUAGGAAGCGGCUCAAGGAGAAGGCAAGGAAGGGGCGGCGCGCUGCAGAGGCGGCGGGCGAGCCGGAGGUGGCGCCAUCGCCGGCGCCGCCGCCGGUGUUCAAGACGCUCAGGGAGAAGAAGUCGGCUCAGGCGUCGGCGGAGGGCUGGGCGGCGGAGGUGGCGAGGGCCGAGGAGCUCUACGAGGAGCUGCGCGAGCGCGCGCCCCAACACUGCCGCCGUGGCGGCAAGUGGGCGCGCGAGAAGUUCGUGAUGGCGGUGCAGGGAGAGUUCCCGCGCGCGCGAGGGGCAGGCGUUCCCAAGGGGACGAUCCUGUGCCUCGGCAGGGUGCUCGACGCGCACGAUGAGCAGGAUGACGCGGAGGGUGGGCACCGGGACUGGGAGGAGGACCCGCUCGGGUUCGACACCAACCCGAUGCUGCUCCGCGCCAUGUGCAUGGCGUUCGAGUGA